UUCUGACGAUGUAUUCUUUGUUGCCCUCUACCUUCUGCCAGGGAUUAUUAUAGAACUGUAUCCUUUAAACAGCAAAGAAAGACAUUUUUGAGAAAGACUGUUAUGUUGAGAGUUUGUUGAUGUCAAAUGGCAAAAACUGAAAUGUGAAUAGAAGCAAAUUCGGCAUGUUCUAGUAAAGUCACAUGGAAAAAAAGGUUAGUAUUCUUGAAGUAUGGCUUGAAAAGCAGCCUAGAGAAACUCGACUUUUAAAAAGAGCUGGAGAACCACUGAACUGGCAUUGAUUAGAAUAAAUGUCCACCAAUUGUACAAAUCUGUGAGCGAUCUAAACAGACUGUAAGGACUAUAAACCAAAUAUUAAUUCAAGAAAAAAUGACUCGUUCUAAAUAAAUAAAUACAUGUUCUUCAAUAAAACUAUGUUUGACUAGAAAAAUAUGUUAGUGAUUCAUGUUCACAGAAAGAAAAUAAAGUGACCAUUGUAAGACUCAAAGCUAUUGUAAUCUGCUGGUAAAAGAUUUCCCUUUACAACAAAAUAACUGAAUCGUAAUCUAUUAAAGUCUGUUGUAUUGCCAUCCAGCCAACAAAGGCCAAGUAAUUUUCGAACAAAGCAACAAUUGUGCGAGCAGAACAUGUUGCCUUGGACCUCACUGCAUGGAUCAGCAACUUUCCCAUCUACUGCAACUUCAAUCAACUUUCUAAUCAGCUAUCUGCAGGUGUUUCUUCCUUUUCCACUGUGAACCCAUCCUACCAUCACCAAACGUUUCACCAUGUCUGAUGUAGAGGAGGAAUAUGAGGAACAAGCAGAGGCAGAGGAGGAAGAGGAUGCAGAGGAUGCAGGAGCAGAACAGCAGGAGUAUACAGAAUAUCAAGAGGAAACUCUGGAAGAAGAGGAGGAAAGACCCCGGCCUAAGCCCAUGGUUCCACAACUUGCCCCUCCAAAGAUUCCAGAGGGUGAGCGGGUUGAUUUCGAUGAUAUUCACCGAAAAAGGAUGGAAAAGGACCUUCUGGAGUUACAGACUUUAAUUGAUGUCCACUUUGAGCAGAGGAAGAAAGAGGAGGAAGAACUGAUCGGUCUCAAGGAGAGAAUUGAGCGGCGGCGAGCAGAAAGAGCAGAACAGCAGCGUGUUAGAGCAGAGAGAGAAAGAAAGAGACAGACAAGGAUUGCGGAAGAGCGUCAGAGGAAAGAGGACGAGGAGGCUAAGAAGAGAGCAGAAGACGAGGCCAAGAAGAAGAAGGUUUUGUCCAAUAUGGGGGCAAACUUUGGUGGCUUCUUAGCCAAGGCAGAGCAGAAACGAGGGAAGCGUCUGACUGGACGAGAGAUCAAGAGAAAGACUCUUUCAGAGAGGCACUCUCCUCUUGGCAUUGAAAAUCUGCGAGAGGAUGGGUUAAGGCAACGAGCUCAAGAGAUGUGGAACUGGAUUUACCAGCUGGAGUCAGAGAAGUUUGACCUCUUGGAUCAAAUGAAGAGACAGAAAUAUGAGAUUGUUGUUCUGUUGAACAGGAUUUCCCACGCUCAAAAGUUCAAAAAAGGCCAUGGUAAAGGAAAGGUUGGAGGUCGCUGGAAAUAAGAAAUUGGAAAAAUAAUGAAAAGACACCAUGGAUGCUUUUACUUUUGUCUCUUCUGUCAAUUUCACAGCCUGUGCAAAAGAAUAACAGUUCUGAAUGUAUUCAAAACUCCUCUCAGAUCUGAUGUGCUUGGAUUAGAUUAAUCACUUCUGUAUUAUUUUCAUUCGCAAGGAACGUUGGAUAAAAGUGUCUGCUAAAUUAAUAAAUGUAA